CACCGGGGCGUGUCUUGACAGGAACACGCGUGGGAUUCGUCAUAACGCGGCACUGGGAGCUUGUUACGAAAGUGCCUACAACAAAACCUAUAUGGCGACGAGACGUUCAAAGCGCGACGCUGCCGAGAAGGAGAUGACGCCGGUCCAGAUGGAAGGAGGCCGCAAAACAUCUCGAUUGGUACCCAAGCGCCUUCGGUACUCUCCUCCUCUUGCUGGACCACAACACGGGAGGAAGCAUCUGGUGUUGUUCACCUGGCAGAAGAGGACGCCAGUCCAGGGCGAGGAAGGAGUCCGCAAAUCAUCUCGAAUUGCACCCAAGCGCCUUCUGUACUCUGCUCCUCUUCCUCCUGCUCUACAACAAACCAGGAGGAAGCGCAAGAAGCACAACAUAGAAAACAUACAACACGAAGAAAAGGACUCUUCACAUGUUGACAACACUGACGCAGAGGUUACAAAUGUUCAAGGACUCUCUGCAUAUGAACUGGAGCGGCUGGAGAACAUCAGGCAGAACCAAGCUUUCCUCUCCUCUAUCAAUCUGUUUCAGGCAUCAGAGGACUUAAAGCGGUCGUCAGCAAAGCCAUCGCAGCGAGGUCUGACAAGGUCAAUAGCAGUGGUAAAAGAAGUCCUCCCAUCUCGAAAGUCCCUGCGUCUCCAAAACAAAGCAGCAGAGGUCUUCACACUUCCCCCUGAACCAAAUAAAACAGAUGUCCGAAAACAGCCCAAGAAGCCUGCAGGGCCUCUACCUUUGCAUCCAGUCAACAUGGCCGAAGGAAGCAAGCUACCGCCUCAAUUUCUCCAACUCUGCAUGGAGGUGUCUUCAAAAGAAAGAAGAGUGGAACUGGAUUUGGAAGAGUACUGCUCUUCGCUGAAGAAGAUGACUAUAAGUAAAGACCGGGUGGUCAAAAUUGUGAAAGAGCGCAUUUUCUCCGCAGCCUUCCACCCUACUUCAACUAGCCUCCUAAUGGCUGCUGGAGACAAGUAUGGGAAUGUCGGCCUCUGGAGUGUGGUUGGCAACUGGGGUGACCAUGGCGUUCUCCUGUUUGAGCCCCACACUCGCCCGGUGUGCUGCUUAGCCUUCUCCAGGUCGCACCCCGCUCAGCUGCUGAGUCUCAGCUACGAUGGAUCCCUGCGCUGCAUGGAUGUGGAGAAGGGUGCCUUUGAUGAUGUUUACAACAUUGAAGACGGCCUGAAAACCUUUGACUUCCUGUCACAUGACUGUUCGACACUAGUGGUGGGGGACUGGUAUGGAAACCUCGCAAUUGUAGACCGGCGUACUCCAGGAACUUCACACGAGUCCCACCACUCGCUGGACCCCAAUGUUCUGCGAUGUGUCAGCGUUCACCCUCUACAACAACAAUACUUUGCCGUGGCUCAGAGCAGGCAGGUGAGCAUUUACGACCUGCGGUGUCUGAAGAAGUCCAGCAGCCAACCCGUUUCGCAGCUGCCGGGUCACUCUUUAACUGUAUCCAGCUGUUACUUCUCUCCAUGUACAGGCAACAGAGUGGUCACUACAUGUAUGGACAACUAUAUAAGGAUAUUUGACACGUCCACCAUGGGGACUGAAGCCCCGCUGCUGACAUCCAUUAGCCAUUUCAUGAAGACCGGCCGCUGGCUGUCCAAAAUUUCGGCCGUGUGGGACCCCAAAAAGGAGGACUGCCUUUUGGUAGGCGGCAUGUCGAGGCCACGCAAUGUGCACGUGUUCCAUGAGAGCGGCCGCUGGCUACACAUGUUCAAAGACGAAGAGCGCCUCACCACGGUGCUGUCCGUCACGGCCUUCCACCCCGCCCGAAACGCCAUCCUGGGCGGCAACGCGUCCGGACGCCUGCACGUCUUCUCGGACUGACACUCUCCCCGCUGCGUGCUGCCUUCAGGGUUUCAGCAAUAACAAUGGUUGGAAAUAGUUCAAAGAUAAAUAAUUAGUUGUCAAAAACGUUACGUUAAGAUAGACCUAGUACUGUAUUUGUUUUUGUUUUUUUAUUACUUUUAUCAUUGUAAAGUAAUCUUUGUUUGUGAUGUGUUGCAUUUGCAUGUUUCAAAGUUUUUCCUUUUGAAACUGGUCAAAUAAAUUUCGGAAUAAAAUGUU